GACUUGGUCUGUUACACAACUGCUUAUUUCUCCAUUCUGCCCACCUCUUCUUGCCGGCAUUUGCUCCUAUAUAUUUUAAUAUCUUAUUUAAAAAAUAAAAUAAUACACGGCGACAGAAUGGGUGGAGAUCAUGGACAUAAGGACUCCCAGAUCGAUGCCGGAUCUCGAAUUGGUGACUCCCACAAACACAAAGAGAAGCAUCGGGACAAGGAACACAAGCACAAGGACCACAAGAAGGACAAGGAGCGGGAGCGGGAGCGGGUGAAGCCCCGAUACGCUGACGGCAAACACGAGGAUUUUGCAGAGAGGAAGCAUCGAGACAAAGACAAAGCGAAACACAAAGACCGCAGCGUAGAAAGACACAAGCACAAGGACAAGGAGAAGAGGAGAGAGGACAAGAACAAAACUCUGGGCUUUGACGAAAAACCAAGGAAAGAGCAGGAAAAUGGAUUUGCUAGCCCCCCACGGGUCAAAGUGGAACCCGACUGCGACGGAUUCUACCAGUCUCCCAGACACGAGAAGUCGCUGAAGAGGGAAUUUGAAGACGAUGACAUUGAAUUCAAGCCCAAAAAGAUCAAGAUUGAGAACGAGAAGAAGGUAAAGAAGCGGAAGAUGGAGGACGAGGAGGACGUCAAACCCAAAAAGAAAACAAAGGACAAGAGGGUGGAUAAUGGAGAGACCAAAAAGAAGGGGAAGAAGGAGCCGGAGGAGAAGUGGAAGUGGUGGGAAGAGGAGCGAUACACUGAUGGCUCAAAGUGGAAAUUUUUGGAACACAAAGGCCCCGUUUUUGCCCCGCCUUACGAGCCCCUCCCUGAGAACAUCAAGUUUUAUUACGAUGGAAGGCACAUGAGGCUCAGCCCCCUGGCUGAGGAAGUGGCCACCUUCUUCGCUAAGAUGCUCGACCACGAAUAUACCACCAAGGAAAUCUUUCGCAAGAACUUCUUCAAGGACUGGAGAAAGGAAAUGACGUCAGAGGAGAAGUCGAGAAUCACAGACUUGAACAAGUGCGAUUUCACUGAGAUGCAUGAGUACUUCAAGGCCCAGACAGAGGCAAGGAAGCAGAUGACCAAGGAGGAGAAGCAGAAAAUCAAAGAGGAGAAUGAGCGGAUCCUACAGGAAUUCGGCUUCUGUGUGAUGGACAAUCACAAGGAGCGGAUCGGCAACUUCCGCAUCGAGCCGCCGGGCCUGUUCCGCGGCCGUGGCGACCACCCCAAGAUGGGCAUGCUGAAGAGGCGGAUCCGGCCAGAGGACAUCAUCAUCAACUGCAGCAAGGACUCCAAGCACCCAAAGGCACCUCCUGGGACGAAAUGGAAGGAGAUCCGGCAUGACAACAAGGUGACUUGGCUGGCGUCCUGGACUGAGAACAUCCAAGGGUCCAUCAAGUACAUCAUGCUGAACCCCAGCUCCAGGAUUAAGGGAGAGAAGGACUGGCAGAAGUACGAGACCGCCCGGCGACUGAAGAAGUGCGUGGACCGCAUCCGGUCCCAGUACCGGGACGACUGGAAGUCAAAGGAGAUGCGGAUCCGGCAGAGGGCCGUGGCACUCUACUUCAUCGACAAGCUGGCACUAAGAGCAGGCAAUGAGAAGGAGGAGGGAGAGACGGCCGACACGGUGGGCUGCUGUUCUCUACGGGUGGAGCACAUCAAGCUGUACCCUGAGCUGGAUGGCCAGGAGUUUGUAGUGGAGUUUGACUUCCUGGGAAAGGACUCCAUCCGCUACUACAACAAAAUCCCUGUGGAGAAAAGGGUCUUCAAGAAUUUACAGCUGUUCCUGGAAAACAAACAGCCUGAAGAUGACCUCUUCGACCGCCUCAAUACCUCAAUUUUGAACAAGCACCUUCAGGAGCUCAUGGACGGUCUGACGGCAAAGGUGUUUCGAACCUACAACGCCUCCAUCACCCUGCAGCAGCAAGUCAAGGAACUCACUUGCCCUGAGGAUAACAUACCCGCCAAGAUCCUGUCCUACAACCGGGCCAACCGUGCCGUGGCCAUCCUGUGCAACCACCAGAGGGCUCCACCUAAGACCUUCGAGAAGUCCAUGCAGAACUUGCAAACUAAGAUAGACGCAAAGAAAGACCAGCUAGCUGAUGCCAGGAGGGAGCUGAAGAGUGCCAAGGCAGACGCCAAAGUACGGAGAGACGAGAAGUCCAAAAAAGCCGUAGAGGCCAAGAAGAAGGCUGUACAAAGAAUAGAGGAGCAACUGAUGAAGCUGGAAGUGCAGGCCACAGACCGUGAGGAGAAUAAGCAGAUCGCCCUGGGCACCUCCAAACUCAACUACCUGGACCCCCGCAUCUCAGUAGCCUGGUGCAAGAAGUGGAACAUUCCUGUCGAGAAGAUCUACAACAAAACCCAGCGUGAGAAGUUUGCCUGGGCCAUUGACAUGGCCGAUGAGGACUUUGAGUUUUAACCGGCUUCGGCUGUAACUUUUUAAGCGUCCGGCUCCUUGAAUAUCGGCUUUUUUUUUUUUUUAGGGUUAGGGAUUUUUGUUAUAUGCCCGACUUGACCAGGAUUUGGAGGAAGACAAAGGGGCGUGGCUAAAAAUGAGAUUGAAGGAGCUGAAAUGUGUGUGUGUGUGUGUGUGUGUGUGUGUGUGUGUGUGUGAGUGAGAUGUAUGAAGUGUGGAGCAUCAUGUUUAUGAAGCAAUGGGUUUCCACUGUUUCUUUUUAAAUCUGAAGUGGGGGGCGAGAUGAGGAAGUAGUCCCAAACCGUUUGUGAGCAUUUUAUCAGAAUUUGGUUAUAUACAGUGGCUUGGUGUCUAACCUGCACCGCUCUGACGCUCGGAAAGGUUCGUCGAGCGUGUGUAUGCUGUGGUUUGAUGCUACUGUAUUUAGCGAAACCAUGAUUCAUUUUUUUUUUUUUCUUAAAUGUUCUUUUAACCUGUAUUUUAGCCAAGAUUUAUUGGUGAAUUCUAUAUUUUAAUAGGAAAAUGGUUCCUGAAAUGCACCGACGCCUUGUGGAGACGAGAAAGCAAGAAUGAACCGACCGCAAAAAUGUGUGCGUGAUUGUGUGUGAGAGAGGGAGGGAGGAGGUGAGUGGAAUAGAGAGCGAGAGAGGGGUGGAGGGAGAGGUGAGAGUGUGAUGCAUUAAGUGUGGAUUUUAGUUACUCUGAACUGUGGAAUUCAUUCUGCAAUGAAUGGGUGUCAGAAUCGGUAUGAAAAAAAUACUAUUACAACUAUGUUCUUGUAACUAGCACACAGAAUGUGAAUUACAUGUGUUUCUUAUUUUACAGUUUCUAUCAGGGAUUUUUUUUCCUUCAAUACAUAUGUGAAAAGUAUUUUCCUUUCAAGUGCAUCUUCAGAACCUUAUGAAUUCUCUGUCGGCACAAUUCUGCGUUACCAUCCGAUUUCAACUUCCCUUUCAGCUGUUUCCAGGGGAAAGCAAAGUCUGUUACUUUAAGAAAUGCCUAUAUUUUAAUGUUCCAGUGUAGAUUCGUCAUAUUCCCCCCCCCCCCCCUUUCAAAUGGUCAAAUGAAAAGAUAUGUGAGGGAGAUGUUCUUUGCCAAAAAAACAAAAAUUCAAAAAAAAAAAAAAAAAAAUUCAAAA